AUGCAUAAAGUAAUCCGGACAACCAUCAUCCACCCCAAGCCCAGCUUCAGGGUUCAGGUUGACCUCAAAGUCGGCCAAAGUAAGAGGAGUCACAUUCCAACUAUCGUAGGAAAGUAUGGACUGCCGUCCAUGAGUGAGGGCUCGCCAACUGUGUUCAACAAGAACACACCACCACAGGCGUCGCCGAAGACGAAUCUCCCAGAUUGGUAG